AUGCAAAAUCAAACACUUGACGAUGUCGAUGAUGCUAAAGGUGUUGAAAUAAUAAAUGAGACAUCGGGAUCGAAUUCAACAAAUGAUGAUGUUAUCAUUCAAAAAGGAAAAACACCUUCCCUUCACUUAAUAACAAUUGCUAUUCUAACACUUCGUCGAGCGUUAGAGUCAUAUACAUCGUUGAUUGAAUAUAAUAAAAACUAUGGAAUCAAUUCAUCAACUGAAGAUUUAAGUGAAAAUGAAGAUGAAUUAUUUGAAGAAAAAGAAGAAGGUAAUUAUUUGUAA